GUCCCAAGACCAAGAUGAUCAACCUGCUCAACAAACCCAGGCCCAUGACCUUUUUAGGGAAAUAGCAGAAGCAUUUAGAGAAGUCGCCGUCCAUAACGUUCUUCCAAUUAACCCUGCCGACGCCAACAAUUGGACCUUGGCAAGAAAAAUCAAAUUCAUAUUAGGCCACUUGAUAGGAAUUGCUGCUAGUUGGUAUAAUAACUAUAAAGAUGAUUUCCUUCUCUGGAAUGAUGAAAUCAACCCAGAGAAUAGCUUCGUUCAAGCUUUCAUCAGCUAUUUCGCAACCCUAAAAC